AUGGCAGCAACAAAUGUUAAAACUGGCGAUGAAAACGAAGACUACCGCCUCAACAAUGGUCGCAUCUAUAAAUAUACCUACCAAUAUCAGCGUCAAAGCAAACACAAUAAAGAUGACCCCACAGGUUGUUUUAUUACGCUCCUUGAUUAUCUGAGUGCAUCGUCGUCGAAAUUUAGCAGGGCCGCAUGGAAACGGCGGAUUCUUCGAGGAGAAAUAUCCGUUGACAAUCACAUUGUGACAAACGCAGAUUAUCCAAUGUUACCAAAAACACUAGAGGCAGGAUCCAAUCGUCUUGUCCCAAUGGUCGUCUCGUAUCAUCGCCCACCGUGGAGGGAACCGGUGGUGAAUGUCGUCGAAUACAGCAAAGAAAACGCGUUACGAAUACCCAAUGCCAACCAGCUGCAGAUACUCUAUCAAGACGAACACAUGAUGGUCGUCCACAAACCCAGUGGUCUUCCCACGAUGCAUUCGCAAACGGUGUGUGAUUAUACAAUCUUGAAUGCUUUGCGGCACUACGCGGAACAGAGCAGUUCACUUGUCACGUAUGCGUCACCACCACAACCGGUCCAUCGAUUGGGAGUGGGAACCUCGGGUAUUGUCUUGAUUGCAACCUCACCUUUGGCUCGAAAGCAUCUGGCUGAAGCCAUUCGUGACAAACGUGUCACCAAAAUAUAUCGGGCCUUGGUGACCAAUGCUAAUACCUUACCAGACGAAUUGCGCAUUGAUUGUCCCAUUGGGCCAGUCAAGUUUCCGAUAGGUGGUGGCACCAUCUAUGCGGCGUGCCCUGAUAGAGAUAGUACUACUGGUGGUGAUUCUAUUAGUAAUCAUGUUACUUGUCAUGAUACUGGUAACUCCAACACUGGCACCAACAACAGCAACAGAACAAAGAAGACCCCGAACAAACCAUCCUUGUCCUUGGUGCGAGUCGUACGACGCCUCCCCGAGACGAAUCAUGCCGUAGCCGAUGUGGAGAUACCCACUGGUCGUCCGCACCAAAUACGCAUUCACAUGGCCUACGCGGGACAUCCUUUAGUUGGAGAUCCAUUGUAUUUACAUGGAGGCAUUCCGGACGAUACGCCGCGGUGGUAUCCAAAACCCAACAAAUUAGAAGAAGAUAUGGAUACAGACAAUGACGAUGAUGAUAAACAAUACUGCAAUCGCAAAGACGGGUUGGUCAAGCGUGUUACUUUGCCCCGGGAUUGUGGAUAUAGCCUGCAUGCGCAUAGCAUUAGGGUCGAGCAUCCUACAUUAUUGAAUCAUGAUGGCACCGGCAAACGAUGGAUGACAUUCAUUGCCCCGCCUCCUGCAAAUUUGACGUGA